AUGACCUACCAUCUCAAGAUUGCCAUCUGCGGCGCUGGACCAGUCUCCCUGACCCUCGCCAACACCCUGCAAAACAAUAACAUCCCCUUCACCAUCUACGAGGCAGCACCAGAAAUCCGAACGCAAGGCGGUUCACUUGAUCUGCAUCCUCAAAGCGGACAGCUUGCCCUGAAAGAAGCCGGCCUCUGGGACCACUUCAAGCAGUACGCACGCCCCGAAUCCGACGUAUUGAAGAUCGUCAGACUCGAUGGCGAAGUCCUAUGGGACGGAAACAGUGCCGACAAGCAAGAAGUAAAAGAGGAGGAGAAGUUCAAUGGGCGACCUGAAAUCGAUCGCCGUGCAUUAAUGAAGCUUCUGUACGAGAACUUGAACAAGAACUCGAUCGUCUUUGGGAAAAAGCUGCGAAAGGUGGUUCCCAGCGAAACAGCAGCUAAGAAGUACGAUCUACACUUCGCAGACAACACAACAGCACCAUCCUUCGACCUCGUCAUCGGCAGCGACGGCGCCUGGUCAAAAGUCCGCACCCUCCUCUCAGACACAAAGCCCCGCUAUUCCGGAAUCUCGAUGGUAGCAGCCAGCCUCAACAACAUCCGCGCGAACCCAUGGCUCACGAACUACGUCGGAGAAGGCUCCAUGUUCUCCUUCGGCAGCGACAUGUCGAUUACUUCCCAGCGUGGAGACAACGGUUACCUCUUGACCUACGCAUCGCUUCGAGUCCCAGAAGACUUCCUCGAGACGUGCGGCAUUGACUGGACCGAUGCAGUCACUGCGCGAAAAGAGUAUAUGGAGAAGUACUUCUCUCACAUCAGCCCGGAUCUGAAACGUGUCUUCCUUGCAUCCAUCGACGACCUGACUCCCCGCCCACUCUACGAGCUCCCCGUCGGCUUCUCGUGGGCCCCCCGGUCAGGCGUUACGCUCGUCGGAGACGCUGCACACGUGAUGACGCCGUUCGCUGGCGUUGGAGUCAACGUGGGUAUGACAGAUGCGUUGGUUUUGGGGAGGGAGAUCAUCGAUGCUUGUAAGGGGGGGAAGACGCUGGAUGAAGCUAUAAAGGCGUAUGAGGAGGAGAUGGUUCCGAGAGCGGCGAAGUUUGCGCAGAAGACGUUGCGGGGGAAGGAGAAUCAUUUCAGUAAGGAUGGGGCAAAGGAAUUUGCUGAUAUGCUGAGGGCACAUCAUGAUGCACCGAAGGCUGUGCAGGGCAGUUGGGAGUGA